GUGAAGCGUUGGAAAAAAAGUGGUGAUGGAUAAAGUGAAAUUUACGGAGAAUGCAGAAAAGAUGUGAUCCGCUGAACGAUGGCUUUGCUGAGGGGAACGGAGAAUUAUUCUUUAAGCAUGAACCCAACCUGUUCCGCGCUCGGAUCGCACACAAUCUACGCCAAAAUCCCGUGUCCCCGCUGGACGAUGCCCAUCAGCCGGCUGCUGACCGAGAUGACCGGCCUAGAUUCGAGCGAGUGCCAGCCGCACUGCUGGCCUCCCGGUAUCUGGUCACACAGCAAACGAAUAACGGUUCCGCUAAAAAGGACCUGGACGGUCCCAUUGAACCGGUUGUGAUAAAGCCGGCGGUGAAACGACCGGAAAUGAACGACGUUUGCCAGUGGAUGAUGACGGCGGGCCGGAUGGGCGGGCGGUGCCCUUUCAGAAGAACCUGGACAGGCAGCAGCUGAUGCAGACGUGUUGCUUAAUGGG